UUGUGAGUGUGCCGUAUAUUGAGCUUAUCUCAUAAAUAUUUUUCUGAUUGUUUUCUUGAAUAUGCGGGUCAUAUCCCUAAAGCGGUAAUCACAAUAAACCAAGAGAAUUCACUAAAAAAUUGCAAUGAUAAGAUGAUUCCGUUAAAGGACAAUCAGGAUGUUGCUUCAUUCCUUGUCACAAAGUACUCAUGGAAGGGCAAAUACAAGCGAGUAUUUUCAGUGGGCACGCGCGGCAUCACCACUUAUAACCCAGACAGACUGGAGGUGACCAACAAGUGGCUGUAUGCGGAUGUUGUAAAACUUGCAUUACCCAAAACUUCCAACUCCGUAUCAAACAAUGAUUUCGUACUCAAGAUGAAGAAAGAUAAGAGAGUAGAUACAAUGAAGUUUUCAUCUGAACAUAAAUGUUUGAUAUUAACAGAGGCUUUUAAAUAUAGACAUCUGUUUGCUGAAAAAUCAAAGGAGAUUUAUAGAUAUCAAGCAUAUAAACACCAUUGGAGUGGUACUAGAUUGCCAGUUGUCCUUGAAGUAGGACCAUGUUCUCUAGAGCAGUUGGACCCAUCCACACAUACGCUUCUAGCCAGCUACCCAUAUUGUGAUAUACAAGGGAUAUUACCAGUGAUAGAUAUCCCUGGAGGUUUUGUCUUAGCUGUCGGAGGGUAUAGCCGUCUACAUUUAUUUUCAAAUUCAAUGGAACACCAAGCUAUUAUAGGAAAAAUGUUGGAAAUGGCCAACUUAAUUCUGAAUACAACAAUAAAAGUCCUAACAGCGACAAUCACCUUGGAUGAUUACCAUAAUCAAAGAUUCGGAAAGUACAGUGAGGAUCAACAUCAGACAUCAUUGAGCGAGUUCACGGUCCACAAGGUGAACCCCGCGCGGUAUAUUGAGCCAAUGCGACGUACCCUAUGCCUCUCUGAUACAUGCAUACUGGAACGAGAUCCACAGACAUAUUCGGUUGUGUGUUUGCGUCCUUUGAGCGACGUUUUCGCUUUAGUCCGAGAUCCCGAACAUCCGCAGAAGUUUUCUAUAGAAUAUUUAAAUGGACAGGUUCGAACUUAUUUGGCUGGAGAAAGGGACGCGUUGUUAGCUUCUCUGGUGGAGGGCGUGCGGUCUACGGGGCAGCGCGACGUGCACGUGCGGUCGUGGGGCACGCCGCGCGGCUACCGGCUGGGCCCCCUGCAUCAGGCCGUUGACGAGGAGACGGAGUCCAACCACCUAAGAUUGUUCCAGAACCCAGGUGAUAUGUUACCUGCGGAAGUAAUAGAGCGGUUUAACGCAAAUGUCGGUUACAGCGGCCUUAUAUACUCCGUCAGUCAAGACGCCCGUCCCCUGUUGUGGCUGUUUCUUACGUGGGAUCUUAGAUUGUUCGCUGAGAACAAGGAGAAGUUGAUCAGUGGUGCGCUGACUGCGCUGGUGAGCGGCGCGCCCUCCGGCAGCCAUCUGACGCCGCGCGAACUGGAGGCGCAGUUCCACGCUCUUAGACGACUUUGUGCAAGUAAAGUUGGAUUUGCUGCAUUUACUGCGCUGCCCGGUUUCCGCGAGUGGAUAGGCAGUGCGGUGGUGAGCGCGCUGCGGCGGGACUCCGCGGCGUGUUCGCACGCGGCGCUGGACGCGGUGUGCGCGCUGAUGCAGCCGAUGCACGCGGAGCCCGACCUGCGCCAGGAGCAGCUCAACAAGGCCAGCAUGCUCUCCUCACCGGCCUUCUUAGAUGGACUGCUCACCAUGUGGGCGGAGCAUGUGAACGCGGGCAGCGGUGCGCUGGUGGUGGCGGCGAUGCUGGAUUUCCUGACGUUCGCGCUGUGCGUCCCCUACAGCGAGACUACGGACGGCAAGCAGUUCGACCAGCUGCUGGAGAUGGUCGCCAACAAAGGACGCGUCGUAUUCAAAUUGUUUGAGCACCCGUCGCUGGCGAUAGUGAAGGGCGCGGGGCUGGUGACGCGCGCGCUGGUGGAGGAGGGCGCGGGCGGCGUGGGCGCGCGCAUGCAGUCGCUGGCGCUGGCGGAGGCGGCGCUGCCCCGCCACCUGCUGGCCGCGCUCUACCAGCCCGCGGGGCAGCCGGCGCGCCUGCAUCUGCGCCACCUCGCCCGCCACCUCGUCGCGCUCUGGCUCGUCAACCACGCGCCCGCCCACGACCUGCUGCAGCGGAUCAUGCCGUCAGGUCUGCUGUCGUUCCUGGAGUCGAAGGAGUCCCCGCCGGCGGGCGCGCAGGAGCGCGUGCCGGAGCGCGACAACCUGCAGCUGGCGCAGGCCAGCGUGAAGCAGCGCGCGCCGCACUGGGAGGCCCUCGAGCGCCAGGUCAAAUAUGUAGAGAAACAUAUUGAAACCUACAACUGGCCACUCUUCUACUACCAGUUCCAUAGAGAUCACGCCCUACCGAAUCUUAUAUGGAAUCAUACUACUCGUGAAGAACUGCGUAAUGCGUUGGAGAAUGAGCUGCGCGCGUUCACAUCCGACCGUGAGGUGGCGGGGGGCGCGCUGACGUCAUGGAACCACGCUGAGCUAGAGGUCCACUACCAGUGUCUCCAGAACGAGGUGAAGAUCGGCGACUACUACCUGCGUAUACUGCUGGAGCAGCGCGACAACGACGACAGCCCUAUACGCAAGUCAUACGAGUUUUUCAACGACCUCUACCAUCGGUUUCUGUCGACUCCUAAAGUGGAAAUGAAAUGCAUGUGUCUUCAAGCGAUGACUAUUGUCUAUGGAAGAUAUUAUGAAGAUAUCGGCCCCUUCGCAGAUACCAAAUAUAUCGUUCAAAUGUUAGACAGGACAUGCGAUAGAAUGGAGAGAGACAGACUAGUACAGUUCCUAGCUAAAUUAAUAUUACAUAAAAGAAAUGUUAGCGAGAUAUUAGAAUGGAAUGGUAUUAGGAUUCUAGUGGAACUAAUGACGUUAGCGCAUUUACAUACGUCACGUGCGACCGUGCCCGCGCAGAGCAACUUGCUGGAGGCGGGCGCGCAGUCGGCGGGCGCGGGCGAGCGCGAGUGGUACUACAACCUGGAAAUGGCCGAUAAAGUGCAUCGCAAGGGACCCGUGAGCCUGCAACAGGUAUAUAUCACGGACGAAGAAGACGCCGUAAUAAGACCUUUACCGCGAGUGAAACGAAUUUUAUCAGAGCCAUCUUGUUUGGCUCAUGUCGUUCAGCUGUUGUUAACAUUUGAUCCUAUACUCGUUGAAAAGGUGGCAACCCUUUUAUAUGAAGUGAUGCAAGACAAUCCAGAAAUAUCUAAAUUAUAUCUAACCGGAGUGUUUUACUUCAUGUUGCUGUACACGGGAUCUAAUCUAUUGCCUAUUGCGAGGUUCUUACGACUCACACAUAUGAAGCAGGCUUUCAGAGCUGAUCAAUCUAGCUCAGAUAUAAUGCAGCGGUCUAUCCUGGGUCAGCUGCUGCCGGAGGCGAUGGUGUGUUACCUGGAGAAUCAUGGCGCUGACAAGUUCGCACAGACCUUCCUCGGGGAGUGGGACACUCCGGAGGCCAUAUGGAACUCGGAGAUGAGACGUAUGCUGAUAAUGAAAGUGUCCGCGCACAUCGGGGAGUUCACGCCGCGGCUGCGCGCGCGCUCGCUCGACGAGGACGCGCCGCUGCUCGACCCCGCCUUCGCGUACUCCGCUCACAGUGGCCUGCUGCCCGUCGGCGGAUUAUAUCUGGAUAUAUACAAUGAACAACCUGAUUAUCCUAUCGAAAAUCCUCAACAGUUUGUGAUAGACUUGUUGAAGUUCAUCAAGGAAGAAACACAAAACGACAUGACAGAUGAGAGAGUUGGACGUAUCACACUUGCUCUCAACGCUUUAGCUAAUGUUCUCAUCAAGAAUCCUGGUGUUGAGAUCCAAUGUAUCGGUUCUUUCGGAUUGAUAUUCGGGCUGAUAUCCGGCGGGUCGUGGAGCGCGCUGCGAGCGGCGGCGCUGAGCGCGGCGCUGGCGGCGAGCGGCGUGCGCGAGUGCGUGGAGGACGUGGCGGCGUGCGGCGUGCUCGGACACCUGCUGCCGCUGCUGGCGGACAAGCAGCCGCCGGAUAAUGCAUUGCCCACCUUAGCUGCCUUGCUAGCCAGCACGGCGAUUGUUAGAGAAGCACUAGCUAAAGGUGCGGUGAUCUACUUAUUAGAUCUGUUCUGCAAUAGCAAAGUACCAGAGAUGAGAGAAUCUGCCGCGGAACUGCUGGCCCGAAUGAUGGCCGACAAAUUACAUGGCCCUAAGGUGCGUCUAACGAUAUGUCGCUACAUGCCGGGCGUGUUCGCGGACGCGAUGCGCGAGUCGUGCGCGGGCGCGCUGCAGGCCUUCGACGGCAGCCACGAGCACCCC